AUGAGAAUAGCUGUGGAAGGUUGUUGUCACGGUACGCUCGACGUAAUAUAUAAAACUCUGAAACAUAUAGAGCAAGUUGACAAAAUUAAGAUAGACUUGUUGCUAAUAUGCGGUGACUUUCAGUCAAUCCGUAAUACUAUCGACCUUGACUCUUUGGCAGUUCCAGCCAGAUAUCGAUCGUUAGGCACUUUUCAUAAAUACUACAGCGGUCAAUCAAAGGCACCAUAUCCGACUCUUUUCAUUGGCGGAAACCAUGAAGCUAGUAAUUAUUUAUGGGAACUAUAUCACGGGGGCUGGGUCUGUAAAAACAUUUAUUAUCUCGGAUCCGCAGGCGUCGUUCGGUUUGGUGGGGUUCGUAUUGGCGGAAUAUCAGGCAUAUAUAAAGAUAAGCACUAUUCAUGCGGCCAUUAUGAAAAGCUCCCAUAUUCAGAUAAUACAUUAAGAAGCGUUUACCAUGUCAGGAAGUAUGAAGUAUUUAAAUUGUCUCAGAUAAGACAAAAACUAGACAUUUUUAUGUCUCAUGACUGGCCGAGAGGAGUUGAACAAUUUGGUGAUGUACAAAACCUCGUUCGGAUGAAACCGUUCUUCAAAAAUGAGAUUGAAAAUAAUACCUUGGGUACUCCUGCUUGUGAGGAAUUAUUAUGGAAGUUGAAGCCAAAAUAUUGGUUCGCAGCCCAUCUACAUGUUAAAUUUGCGGCUGUAGUUCCCCAUUCCACAGCUGCAACCAAUAAGCAUCAAGACAAGAAAAUACAAUUUAUGAGUAAUCCAGAUGAAAUCGUCAUGGAUUUAGAUGAUGAAGAGGAUAUCGAUAAUAAUGUAAUUGAUGAUAUUGAUAGAGUUGGUAAUAGAGAUACCGAUUCGGCUUCAGAGAUGCAAAAUCCUGUGAAUUCUGAUGGACAAAUUAACGAGAAUGAAUCAAACGUGGUUACCCGAUUUCUGUCUCUUGAUAAAUGUCUGCCCAGGAGGGAUUUCCUACAGGUUAUCGAAAUUCCUGAUGCUCAGGGUCCGAUGGAUUUCAUGUAUGAUGAGGAAUGGCUUGCAAUUACAAAAGUGUUGCAUCCGUACUUGAGUCUCAAUUCUCACCAGCCACAACUACCACCAGAAGAAGAAGUUAGACAGGCGAUAGACGAAAAAUUAGAAUGGGUGAGAUCUACUAUUGGGCAGAGCGAGUCCGGAUUGCUCAUCCCGAAGAAUUUCAGACCUACUGCUCCUUCUCACGAUCAGUUGACGUCUGACCCGAGUUUAAGUAAAAAUGCCAGACGGGAGUAUUUGAACCCUCAAACUGAGGAAUUUACUACUUUAUUGGAAAUAACAAACAAAAUCAAUCCUAAUGGUCAGCGAACACAUACACAAACUCAAGCCCCUUUCAAAGAAAACCCUCAAAAUGCACAACAGGGUAACCAGAAUAAGGAUGAAUCUCAACCUGUAACUGUUAACUCACAAACUCAACAGAAAAUUCAAAAUAUCCAACCUAGUUCUACCUCGCAGAGUAACUUGACUAUUCAACAACAACAUUCUUCACAGACCCAGGCUCAACUUCAAUCAGUGGCACAACACAACCCUGGCACUCCUCUGGCUCCCAAGCAAGAACCAGUUGCUAUUCAUCCAGCACCAUUACCUAUCCAGCCAGCACCAAUGACUCCCCAACAUGCCAUUCCACAGGCAUCGCCUCUUCGACCAAAUUCUUUGACUCCCAGUUCAACGCCUCAGUCCUCUCCUUCUGGAAAGCCUCCCGUGGGCAGUGAAGAGUGGCAUCGCCAACGGCGAGAGAAUCAUAAAGAGGUGGAGCGUCGUCGUCGUGAUACAAUUAACCAAGGAAUCAAUGAAUUAGCUAAGAUUGUGCCUGGUUGUGAGAAAAAUAAAGGCAGUAUUCUCCAGAGAGCUGUUCAAUAUAUUCAACAGCUUAAGGAGAAUGAAGCAGCGAAUAUUGAGAAGUGGACACUGGAGAAAUUGUUAACAGAUCAAGCCAUUCAAGAUUUGCAAGCGCAAGUAGAUUUAUUGAAAACCGACAAUCAACGAUUGCGAACAGAGUUGGACGAAUCACAAGGUCCUAAAAAGAAACAGCGAACGGAGUAG